UAAUAUAUUGCAUAUAAUCAUAUUAGACGCUCACAAGUUAUUGUAAGGCAGGCUUCUCGUUGCCUGAACUAUAAAGUUACUUGUUACUGAAUUAAACUACUGUAGGGCUGUGGGUAAAGCAAGAGCACGGGGAGAGCUUCGUCUGUGCAACAGGAUCCACUUUAAUGUCUCAACUCAAGCCUAUAGGACAAUUGAACACUGAUAACCAAAAGAUGGCACAUCACUUCUUACUUCAUAUCACUCCGCCAAUGUUAAUCACAACUCACUUUACAAGCAAGUAAGGUGCGCCAUAUUAUAUAGAUCCAGAUCUAACUUAAGGAGCAGAAUACCAUAUGCAUACUGUAUGAAAAUAAAUCUUUACAAAAUAAAUCUAAUCUUACAUUAUCAAGGGGCUUCAGAAACAUGCCAAAAGGUAAAUUGGCCAAACCAAAAUGUGUUAUAUUCUCAAUUCUCAGAAUAAUGAUGUUUUCUUCAACACACACACGAUGUUCUCCUGAAGAACACAACAUCCCUUGCUGUCAAUCAGCAUGACGCGGAUGAACCAUGGGGGGUGUUGAGGAUGGCCCUAUAUAUAAAGACAACUGACAUCAGCCACCGCGCAGGAGACGAGCUUGAUCAAGCCUAUGAAACGUCAGAUCACAGAUUUCAGCCCACUUUGUUGCGUGGAGCCACGGGCCAAAAACCGCAUUAAAGCGAUGGAGAGAGGCAGCAUCUCCACCUCCAUCUCUGCUGAGCACCAGCUCAGCAUCUCCACCACAGACGGUCCCCAUGGUAACAUGGAUGCUCAGUGCGCCGGCUCCUCUUCCAAAAUCCUGCUGGCUUACAAAAACGCGUCGCAGCACCUGAGUUCAUCGGGAUUUAAAGCGGGACUGGGGAUCCUUAAAGUGGCCUCGUCUCAGUGGAAACAGGACAAGAAGACGCGCUCCUCGGGGACAUCCGUGAGACAGCUGUCCACAGCCAACAGCAGCAGCACCCAUCCCUGCAAGAGAUCCCCGCUGGAUCAUCUGGCGGCUCUGGUUCUCCACGGUCAAACCCGGCAUCAGAUUGGGAGCGCACCGUCACCGACCAAGCCGCAGAACUGUAAGCGCAUCGUGGUUCUCGGCGCGCCACGAGUCGGCAAGACCUCCAUCCUGAGGAGAUACCUCCGGGACGGAUUUGUGGAGGAGUACAAUCCCACAUCCGAGGAUUUCCUCAGGAAACUGUUUCGUAUCAGCGGGGAGAGCUACCAGAUUGACGUCCUGGACGCGUCCAGGGAGAGGGAUUUCCCAGCCAAGCGACGGCUGUCUAUUCUCACUGGAGACAUUUUCCUUCUCGUGUUCAGUCUGGAUGACCGGAGCUCUUUGGAGGAGGUGUGCGCCCUGAGAGCGGAGAUCCUGGCCGCUAAAUCCAAGCUCACCAGAUCCUCUGUGCCAGAUCAGUGCGCACAGGUUCCUCUGGUGGUCUGCGCCAACAAGCUGGAUCUCCUGGGGUCUGAGAGAGGGAUAUCUAAGGCAGAGGUGCUCCGAGCCCUCGGUGAGGACUGUGCCUACUUCGAAACGUCUGCAAAGGAUAGCACGAAUCUAGAGAAAGUCUUCGAAACUUUGGCAAAGCGAGGCGGGCUGCCGACUGAAACCGGUCCAUCUCAGCACCGCAAACUCUCCCUCCGGUCCUACCAGGCCAUGCGGAGCGGCCGUGUGCCGGGGAGAGGUGUCCAGACCCCUGGGUGUCAUGAUGCCUGCGGGGCCCUCUACCCACUGGCCCGUCGGCCGAGCUUCAGCACGGAUCUCAGACAAGUUAUUGGGCCACAUACUGCAAGAAAGCCAGCUAAAGCUCUGGACAAAUGUCAGAUUCAGUGAGUGAGAGACAAUGAGAGCAUGAGACGAAGGUUUACAGAGCGGAUAAAACGACGAGGAAAGCACUGACAUUCAUUUGAAUGUAAUGCAGUAUCGUUGUGUAAAUAAGUGAGAUGAUGUUUUCAAAAUAAAAUAUUUUUAAUAGCAUAA